AUAUCAUGGAAAUCAGGACAGUGGUAGUUGGGAUUGUGGCAAUCAAAGGGGUGGAAAGUGAAUUCUAUCUUGCAAUGAAUGAGGAAGGAAAACUCUACGCAAAGAAAGAAUGCAAUGAAGAUUGUAACUUCAAAGAACUAAUUCUGGGAAACCAUUACAACACAUAUGCCUCAGCUAAAUGGACACACAAUGGAGGGGAAAUGUUUGUUGCCUUAAACCAAAAGGGGAUUCCUGUAAGACGAAAAAAAAUGAAGAAAGAACAAAAAACAGCCCACUUUCUUCCUAUGGCAAUAACUUAAUUGCAUAUGGUAUAUAAAGAACCAGUUCCAGCAGGGAGAUUUCUUUAAGUGGACUGUUUUCUUUCUUCUCAAAAUUUUCUUUCCUUUUAUUUUUUAGUAAUCAAGAAAGGCUGGAAAACUACUGAAAAACUGAUCAAGCUGGACUUAUGCAUUUAUGUUUGUUUUAAGACACUGCAUUAAAGAAAGAUUUGAAAAGUAUACACAAAAAUCAGAUUUAGUAACUAAAGGUUGUACAAAAUCGUAAAACUGGUUGUACAAUCAUGAUGUUAGUAAUAGUAAUUUUUUUAAAUUAAUUUACCCUUAAGAGUAUGUUAGAUUUGAUUACCUGAUAAUGAUUAUUUAAAUAUUCCUAUCUGCUUAUAAAAUGGCUGCUAUAAUAAUAAUAAUGCAGAUGAUGUUAUAUAAGGUAUAUCAGACCUACAGGCUGCUGGCAGGAUUUGUCAGAUAAUCAAGCCACACUAACUAUGGAAAAUGAGCAGCAUUUUAAAUGCUUUCUAGUGAAAAAUUAUAAUCUACUUAAACUCUAAUCAAAAAAAAGAAUAUUCUCAAAAAAUCUAUUAUGAAAGUCAAUAAAAUAGAUAAUUUAACAAAAGUACAGGAUUAGAACAUGCUUAUACCUAUUAACAAGAACAAAAUUUCUAAUGCUGCUCAAGUGGAAAGGUUAUUGCUAAAAGGAUGUUUCCAAAAAUCUUGUAUGUAAGAUAGCAACAGUGAUUGAUGAUAAUACUGUACUUCAUCUUACUUGCCAGAAAAUAACAUUUUAUAAUUCCUCAAAGUAAAAUUGAGAAAUCUUUAAGUUUUUUUCAAGUAACAUAAUCUAUCUUUGUAUAAUUCAUAUUUGGGAAUAUGCCCUUUAAUAAUGUUCUUCCCACAAAUAAUCAUGCUUUUUUCCUACAGUUACAGCAUUAAACUCUAUUUUAAGUUGUUUUUGAAUUUUAUUGUUUUGUUAUUUAAGUUUAUUUUAUUUAUUAAAAAACCUUAAUAAGCUGUAUCUGUUUCAUAUGCUUUUAAUUUUAAAGGAAUAACAAAACUGUCUGGCUCAACUGCAA